AUGCCCAGCGAAGAUAGCAUUCCCCGGGUGAACGAGAAUGAGACACUCAUUCCAAGCGACACUUCCAUCAUCUCAGCACAGCUCAGGAAAAUUAUUGAUCUGACCUUGUCGACCUCUCGGAUCGGGCAAGACUCGAAGCCCCGUGGAGUUGUUCCAUCGAUCGAAGGUGGCUCCCGGAAGAGACGGGCCCUGCAGGGGCUUUGCUCCAGCCCAGAACCCUUUCAACUUCGCAAUUGCUCCCCCUUCAGUCUGUCCGACCGCUCGCAGAGAUCAAAUGUCUGGACGAGCUCUGGGUAUGAGGGAGACUGGGAGGAUGCAGGAACUGUCGGGCUUCGGCGGUUUUCGCGUGGUCAUUUAAAACGCCCAUUUGCUCGGCCGAGGGCAAUCGACUUGACUGGCAGCGAUAACGGGUCGACAUCGUUGGAGCCGGUCGUAGUAGCUCCGCGCAAAGUAUCGAUCAAGGUCGACGCGCUUACUAUCACGGGUCUUUCGUUCGAACCGGCGGGCGUGGAGAUCAAGUGCGGCAUGGACCUGGUGUUGAACGACAAUUCGUUUCUCCGUCUUGAAAACAUCUAUCACGACGAAGAUAAAUGGCGUCUGUCGGGUCGACGGCUCCUGCGACCCUCGGCAUUCGAUGACGAGACUUGGCCAAAAAUCAUACCGGAGACGGCGGGAGAACUGGUUUGGGCGCCCCGUAUAAUCGCCCACAUCAAGCCGAAGAGCGUUGUUGGUGUGACCAACAUCGCGUUCACGAAUGUACGGGGCGAUUGGCGAGACAAGGCUGACCUUACUUGCCGAAUCAAGAUAAACCACACAGGCCGCAAUGGCGGAGUCAGUCCGCGAUCUCCGGCUGACUUGAAGAACACCAACUGGGUGAUAGAGUACCUGACCAUCAAGGAGUGCGAUCCCGGAAAGGGGUUCACCAACCAAGCCUUGCGUGAGCAGUGGCGAGGCCCAACAACACCUUUUGGCGAAGGGAAUCUUCUCACUCCUACAGAUUCUGACGAGUCGACCUCUUCCUCGGAAAUUAUCAAUCUCGAUGAUAUCCUCUCACCGUCUCCUCCCGUGACCCCAAACGGUACGUCAAUUAUCGACCUAACCAGCGAGCCUGAACGUGCAUACACCUUUGGCGAUGCGUUUUGUGGUGCCGGGGGCGCUUCUUGCGGAGCGGAUCAAGCCGGACUGAGCCUGAAGUGGGCGUUUGACGUGAAUCAGCACGCGAUUAAGACAUACAGGCUCAAUUUUUCCAACUGCACGAAGGUGCUUUGCCUGGAUGCUCAUCGUUUUUUCAAGCGAUCUCUCAACUUCCUCCGUGUAGAUGUCAUGCAUGCAUCCCCUCCAUGCCAGCCUUAUUCGCCCGCACACACAGUUAACAACGAGGUGAAUGACGAUCGGAACUCUGCCUGUCUUCACGGUAUUCGCAAUGCACUGGAGAGAGUGCGCCCCCGCGUCCUCACCAUGGAGGAAACCUUUGGCCUGGAGCACCCAAGCCACCGACAGAAUCUGUACCGCGUGGUUAUGGACUGCGUCGAGCUUGGAUACUCUGUCCGUUGGGAAAUACUGAAACUGGUCGAAUAUGGUGUGCCGCAGUCUCGCAAGCGGCUGGUUUUGAUUGCGGCUGGACCGGGUGAAGUCCUCCCGGAACUUCCAGCGCCAACGCAUGGUGAUGCACCAUCCCUCCUUCCGCCGCGGACAAUUCGAGAUGCUAUUUGGGACCUGCCAAAAGAUGCCCCGGAUCACGACUUGGAGGUGCGACUGGCACGCUGGAGACUUGAGUACCGGGAGCCCUUGGAGUGGGAUACACAGGCGAAGACUUUUACGACGGCGGGCGGCCAGGACAAUUACCAUCCAGAUGGUCAGCGUACCUUCACCAACAGGGAGGGGGCCUGUCUACAGACAUUCCCUCGGACGUUCCGUUUCUCGAAGGGGGGCGUCCGUACCCAGAUUGGGAAUGCGUUUCCCCCUAUCGCGGCAAAGGCAGUCUUUGAGGAGGUCAAGAAGACGCUUAGAAAGAUGGAUGCGUUGGAACGUUCGCGGCCCGUCUGA